UUGGGUUCGUGCUGGUCAGUCACACUGUAAAAUUCCUGCUGGCACGGAAUCAGCUGCUGGAACUGCCCCUGCAUCCCAUCUCCCAGAGGAGAUGCUGAUGGACCAGGGGACACGCAGGGGUGUUUUUGGGAGUGUUUCAUUCCCUGAGGUGGGGAGGGAGAUGCCCAGAGCCCACUCAAGCGAGCAGCCCUGCGAGGAAGACAGGGAAAAGUUGGGAAUUCAGCCUUUCCUUCCACACCCGGCCUCAGCAAGGACCAGAGGAAGAUUUGCCUUACAGAGCAAAAAUUCCUCCUUGGAAAGAUAAAAGGAUUUAUUCUUUUUUAUUUUGUUUUUUUUCCCUGGAUCUGUGGUGAAAUCUCGCUGGGUGCAAACAUUCCGGCUCUGACCACGGAGUUUCCCUGAGGAUGCAGGUUGGGAUAAGCACCGCUCCGGGGCUUUUGCCGGGGUCCCCUUGGCUCCGCGGCGGAGCUUUGUUCUCCCUGUGAGGAAUUAACGGCGUGUUGGGUUGUUACCAGGCGAGAUAAACGGCCUUGUAUUCCUCUCCCGUCUGCCGGAGAGGCUCGUCAACCCCUCCACAAAAAUAACCCGCUGCCGCCUCUGGAAUUGGCUUCUUUGGAAAAGGGAGGGAGAAGCGGGAGGCUGCCUGCGAGUUGAUUAAAUAUUGGUUGUUUUUAAGAUGCAGGUUUUUCUGCUGGAGGAAAAAUGGGUGGGGGGGAGAGAACCUUUUGCAGAUGAACCGAAUGUGUCAAAACAUCAGAGAGUCUUUGAAGGUUUUGGGGGAAUUGCUGAUUUUCCCACCCUCCCUCCGUGCUCUGGCUGGAGAAGGAAACUGAGGGCUCUCCCACUUUGCUGCAUUUAAGCCUUUAUAGAUGGGGACAUGCUGAUGGCCAUGACAAAGUGCUCUGGGAAGAGCAAGAGAUGAAGUUUUUAAUCUGCUGCCACGUUUGCCUGGCCCCAAAAAUGGGGAUGCCCGGAUCCUCCACGUGUUUUGCAUCCUGGAUGUCCCCUGGCAUCCCACGGGUCCCUGUAAGGCUGGAGGAGCUGGUGGGGAGGACGAGCUGAGGGUCAGGCUCUGUGCUUCCUAAUUUUCCCUUUCUUAUUUCUAAGGGGAACAACAAGGUUGUGUUGUGUUGCUGGAGUGGUUUGGGCAGGGCAGGGAUGGUUCUGUUGGGUUUCCCACAUGGGGACACUGAGAACUUGUCCCCAUAUCCUUCAGGGCUGCUGUCCCCUCUUCAGCCAACCUCGGUGUUCAUCUGCCUCUCCUGGGAUGGCCUUGGAAUAUGGGGAAAGACUGGCUAUGGCAGUGCAGAUGUGAUGGCUGAUAGUCGAAAAGACGACUGACUACCCUUCUGCUGAGUACUCCCUGGUGGAGGAUGUAGCCCUCCACUUCACGUGUUUGAUGGACAGACUGAACGAGCAGCGCCUCUUUCAGCCGGACCUGUGCGACGUGGACAUCGUGCUGGUGCAGCACAAGAGCAUCUUCCCGGCGCACAAGGGGGUCCUGGCCGCCUACAGCCAGUUCUUCCACUCCCUCUUCACCCAGAACAAGCAGCUGCAGCGCGUGGAGCUCUCCCUGGAGGCCCUCACCUCGCAGGGCCUCCAGCAGAUCCUCAACUUCAUCUACACCUCCAAGCUGCUCGUCAACUCCUGCAAUGUGCAGGACGUGCUGAACGCGGCCGCCGUGCUGCAGAUGAACAACAUCGCGUCGUCCUGCCAGGACCUGCUGGACACGCGCUCACUCAGCCUGGCCACUGACAUGGCCCUGCCCGCCGAGGGCUGCGCGGGGCCCCCGCCCUACUACUGCGAGAUCAAGCAGGAGGUGGACGCCCCCCACCCCAAAAUCUACGCCCGGGAGGGCAACGACCCCUUCUCGGUGCGGGUGGAGGACGGGACGGGCGGCGGGGCCCUCCCUGCCGGCCCCGCCAAGCAGUACUACAAGGAGGAGAAGGAUGGCGGUGCCGGCGCAGUGUGUAAGAUGGAGGGGGAGGAGUCCGAGGAGGACCUGGACAGCCAGGGCUCGUACAACCGGGAGCAGAUCAUCGUGGAGGUGAACCUCAACAACCAGACCCUCAAUGUCUCCAAGGGCACGGAGGGCAAGGCGGCCGCCAGCGAGGCGGCCGUGAUGGGGCGGCCGGAUGGCGACGGGCGCGACACAGAGGAGGACGGGGAGGAGGAGAAUGAGGAAGGGGAGGAGGAGGAGGAAGAGGAGGAGGAUGCGGAGGUGGGUGAUGAGGAGGAGGAGGAGCGCAGCGAGGAGGAAGACCUGGAGGAGACGACGGAAGAAGAGGAUGAUGACGAUGACGAUGAAGACGCGUCGGAGAUGAAAAGGGAAAAGGGUGGGCAGCCCCGCCGGGGCAGCCGGGCCUCCAAGGCCACCAAACCCACCAUGGCAACCAGGUCCCAGGAGAUGGCCAAGGUGGAAGAGGAGGAGGAGGAGGAAGAAGAAGGCCAGCGAGGGAGGAAGAGGAAAAAGGAACAGGACGGUUUGGGGCAGAAGGUGAAGCUGGAGGAGAAGCAGCAUUACCCGUGCAAGAAGUGCCCCCGGAUCUUCAACAACCGCUGGUACCUGGAGAAGCACAUGAACGUCACCCACAGCCGGAUGCAGAUCUGCGACAAGUGUGGGAAGCGCUUCCUGCUGGAGAGUGAGCUGCUCCUGCACCACCAGACCGACUGCGAGAAGAACAUCCAGUGUGUGACGUGUGGGAAGGGCUUCAAGAAGCUCUGGUCUCUCCACGAGCACAACAAGAUCGUCCACGGCUACGCAGAGAAGAAGUUCUCCUGCGAGAUCUGCGAGAAGAAGUUCUACACCAUGGCCCACGUGCGCAAACACAUGGUUGCACACACCAAGGACAUGCCAUUCACCUGUGAGACCUGCGGGAAGUCCUUCAAGCGUAGCAUGUCCCUCAAGGUCCACUCGCUCCAGCACUCCGGGGAAAAGCCUUUUAAAUGUGAGAACUGCAACGAGCGCUUCCAGUACAAGUACCAGCUGCGCUCCCACAUGAGCAUCCACAUCGGCCACAAGCAGUUCAUGUGCCAGUGGUGUGGCAAGGACUUCAACAUGAAGCAGUACUUUGAUGAGCACAUGAAAACACACACAGGCGAGAAGCCCUACAUCUGUGAGAUCUGUGGGAAGAGCUUCACCAGCCGGCCCAACAUGAAGCGGCACCGCCGGACCCACACGGGGGAGAAGCCGUAUCCCUGCGACGUGUGCGGGCAGCGCUUCCGCUUCUCCAACAUGCUCAAGGCCCACAAGGAGAAAUGUUUCCGCGUCAGCAACCCCUUGGCCUCGGACACGGCUGCCCCCCAACCCGCCACCAGCCCCGCUCCGCUGCCCCCCGGCCCCGGCGUGUCCCCCCUGCCCCUGCCGCUGCUCCAUCCUCUUCCACAGACCCUCCCUCCUCCUCCUCACCUACCGCCGCCCCCUCCCCUGUUUCCCGCGGGGAGGAUAAAUUCCAACAACAAUUAGGUGCCCCCCACCCCAGCCAUGCGCCUGCACGGACUGCUCUGCCCUUCGGGAACGCCUCCCCCCCGGGGAGACGAGGCUUUGCUUGCUCUCUACCCCCCCCUCCUCCUCGUUUCGGGGUUGUUUUGGGUUUUUAUUCCUUUUUCUCACCCGUCAUCCUCUACAGAAAGGGGGAGCAGGAAGAGGCCCCUCCAGAGGAGCGUCGGUGUUGGGGGGGAACCACCGUCCGUCCGUAAGGGUGUAGGUAAAAGCUGUCAGUCUCUGCUUCAUCUCCAGCUCCAUCUUUGUCCUGGGAUGGUGGCGGGGCUGGGAGGAGCAGGAUGCCCUUAUAUCUGGCGUUGAGAGAAAGAAUUCCUGCCGGUGCAUCGAUAUUUCUAAGCUGAAAUCCAGUUAGUGGUGCUUGAAUCCCUGUACUGUAAAGCUGGUCUUUCAAAUCAGGCUCUUCUCCCACCAGGCUGAGAGGUGGGCACCAUGGAGGAGCCCGGAUGUCCCCAUUGGAAAGCCAUCAGCAUGCUCUCCUUAACAGCCCUCACCACAUCUUCCUUCCCUGUGCCAGGUUUUCCUCCUCUGUAGGCAAAAGCACAAACACCCACGUUGCAUCUCGGGGCAUCUGCAGCUCGCUGCCAGUUCAGUUUUGGGUGCCCUAAGUGUGUUGGGCUCCAGUGUGCCCUUUCUGCUAAUCCCAGAGGGAGCUGGGCUCCUGGGGAUGCUCUGGAGUUGGCGAGCUGUCCCUGGGAGAGCUCAGAUGGCUUCAGGACCGGCGGGAGGGUGGCCUGGGACAGAGGAGCAGGACGCUGCCAUUCCUUGGCAGAAUCGGCCCAGAAUAGUGCCUUAAAAAUUCGAAUAACCCCUGAGUGGUGGGUGAGCUCCAGGUUGGGUCCCGUUGCAAGGUCUGGAGCUAAAGCAAGACCUCCUUCAGCCUGGUGACAAUGUCCCAUCCUCCAGCUUGUUGCCUACAUUGCUCUCCUAAGAUUGGCCUCUCCUUGUGGGUUUGGUAUCUGUUGCCCUGCCCUGGUUUGGGGGGACCAGAGGGGACCAGUGAGGGCUGUGGUUGUUUUGGUGAUGCCCUGAAGUGUUGGUUAGUUGAAGUUGCUGAAGUUGAGCUGGUCUUUGGUUUCACUUAGGAAUAAUAUGCCUGGCUUCAUGGCAGAGAAGAGGAAGGCUUUGCUGUCACCUUUUUGUUGUACACUGGGGUCCCAGCUGGGUUUCUCACUGUUUUGCUCUGCUCCAGGGUGUCACAUAUCGGCCUGACCACAGUUGUAUGGUCUCCUUGCCUGGGGAAGUGCCCCCUUUGGGGCCAGAGAGCACCCAGCACAGGCAGAGAGGUGGGGUGUGUUGCAGCUGACUCCUUGCUCCCAAGGCCAGAACUGGGGUCAAAUACGGACACAGAUCAGGUCAUGGAGGAGGUGGUGAGCAGAGCUCUUGGUAAGCAAGAAGGAAGAGAGGUCCCUGAGUGGGCUGUAGGAGCCCUGUCUAAUUUGCACCUUGCUCUGAGUGAGAGCAGAGCACUGGGGAUAACGAGCCACACCAGGCUCUUUGAAAGGUCUUGGUGCUUCACCUCCUGGACCAAAUCAGCAAAGCACUUGGGCAGCGUUGAGGCUGCCCCUGCAGAGAUGGGAGGAGUCAGCCCCCUGCUCAGGGGCUCUGCAGACCAGGGACAUCCAGGAGCCUGACAGGGACAGGACAGGGGAGCUUCUGCUGUUGUGCUGAGUGCUCUUUGAGGUGAUGGUCAGCCGAGUGCUGUGCCCUCCUGCUGAGUGAUGCCCACAUGCCUGGCAUCUCGGGGAAGCUGGCUGCUCUUGUGGAUGUUGGCAUUUUGGAGCAACAGAUUGCUUUUGAUCCCCAUGCUGGCUGGGAUCCCGUGGAUCCCCCAGCACCUCACUCGGUACCAGUGAGCUCACCCCCAUCUCCAUCUGCUUCGAGCAAAAGGAGGUUGCUAUGGCAGAGCUGCUUCUCCAUAUCGACCUUCUCAGUGGGUUCCAGAGGCUUCCCUGCCAUCCUCCAUAACCCUGGGGCUCCUUGGAGUCGUGCAAAGCCUUCCCAAACACAGACCCAUGAGGGAUGGGGGCACUUUGCUCUUGGGGCCAUUGGCUUUCUGAAGGGACCAUGAUCCAGACUGGGAGAUGAUUGUUUUAGAGAAGCAUUCAGUGAUACCUGUGCAGGUGUUGGAGUGGUCCAUGCUGUCUCCUCCUCUACUGCCUCCCAGAUCCCCCUUAGGUUUCCCUGUGCCUCUUUUCCUUCAUGCUCAGCCUCGAGAUAGGAUGGGAGCACUGUGCCCUGAGGGCUUGGAUGGUCUGCCUGGCUGAUAGACUUCUCCCCCCCAAGUAAACACCCACGCCAACAUCUGCUCCCUUGUACCACUCACCUGGAGGUGGCUUUCCCUGUUCCUGCCCCAGUUCAUCCUCUCCCAGUGAGGACCUGCCCCCCUUGGACAUCUCUGUGAGACGAGAGCACUUCACUGAGGGUGGAAGCCCAGCGGAGAGCCCAGUGACUGAUCCCAGCCGCGCCCCAUCCCCUUCGAGAGCCACUUGGAGACGUCGAGAUGUGACCAUGCACACAGCACUUUGGAGAACCAGAUCCCUGCUGCUCCCUCCCCUCUCCAAGGCCCGGGCAGUUCCCAGGAGUCCUACAAGGCCUCUGAGCCCUUUUGUCUACACCCUUACUCAGCCCCAGUGUGUCUCCAUGUCUGGUUUUCAUUAGAGUACUAAGAGCUCAGACGAGUCGCUCCCGCAGUGUCUCGUCCAUCCCGGAUCCAUCCCAGAUCCAUCCCGGCCGGCCCUGUUGCACCAGCUGGGCUUGGAUGGGGCAGGAGGCAGAGGAGUCGGGUCCGUCGCUUUCAAGCUUUUUACGUUUUACUUUAAUUUUUUUUUUUUAAUUCUUUUUUUAUUUUUACUUUAAUUUUUAACUCUUGCACCUUAAUCUCUCACACCCCUUCUCCGGCAAGACCGCGAGGGCGGAGAGGGGCUUGUUUUCCACGGCGCAGUUCACGGACACGCCGCAAACGCAACGUCCAGCCGGCGACUCCUCCCACGCACCCACGCCCCACACCUGUCUGGGUUGGGAUUUGUUUUUCCUUUUGUUCCCCCCUCACCCCUUCGUUUGAACUUUUGGGGAGGGAGGGAGUCGUGUGGGGAGGGUCCUUUUUUUUUGUUUUGUUUUUGGUUUUAUGCAUCCCAGGAGCCUGGUAGCACAGACCAGUUGGCCUCACACCCCCGUGAGGCGCGGCUGGCCCUACGGACCACAGCCAUAACCCCGGCGCGGUGGGACGGACGGACGGACGGACAGACGGGUGGGAAUGGCUGUGACAGUGCAAUAGAGAUGAGCAUCCGCUGCUAGACAACUCCACUGAGUGAACUCUUGGUUUGCCCGAAGCUGGGAGGGAGGGAAGGACGGACAGACAGACGCCCCUUGUUCGCACGGACGGCGAGAGCUUCCCCACACGCAGCCCUGCCCGGUGACACGGAACCACGACGGGAGUUGGGUCGGACUUGCAAAGGAAGAAAAUAAUAGUUAAAAAAAAAAAAAGAAGAAAAAAAAAAAGCUAAAAAAUAGGAAUGAGAACAACCUCAGUAGCAUGGAACUUGAAGGAAACGAAUGAAACCCCAAGCACUUGCCUCAAAACUAGUUUCUCAUGCCUGGUGUUUGGCUCUGUAUUAUUUUCCGGCAUUCAGUAUCGGUUGCCCAAACAUGCCAAGUUAAAGAGUGUAUUGGUGGCUCUGCUAGUGUGAACAAACUAAAUGAAGCACUUUAUUCUGUAUAGAUAAGGGAAGGCGGGGAGGGGAUGGGAAGCUUGGAUGCUUUUCGAAAGCGUCUUAAGUAAUGUUCUAGGAAAUGUAUUAUUAUUAUUAUUAUUAUUAUUCUUUUUUUUUUUUUUUAAUGACCAUGUGUAAUCAAUAUAUGUUUAUCUUUAACUCCAA